UCUAGCUGCAUUUUGAUCCCAUGGCUAGUCACAAAGUUCUUAGUGUUCUUUUCUUUGUGUCAUUGGGUUUAGUUAUUUGUUCUGCGACUAGAGCCCUCCUCACCCUUGAUGGUGGAAAUGUCCAUGUCGGCUAUGGUGCCGUAGGAGAACGAGGUGUUGCUGGCUAUGGAGGUGGUGCUGGUGGUGGAGAAGGUGGUGGUGCAGGAUAUGGGGCUGCAGGCGGAAUUGGUGGUGGUGGCGGUGGUGGUAGUGGAGGUGGAGGUGGAGGAGGAGCUGCUGGAUAUGGUGGUGCUGGAUAUGGAAGUGGCAGUGGAGAAGGAGGUGGUGCUGGAUAUGGUGCUGGUGGAGCACACGGUGGUGGAGGCGGUGGAGGAAGCGGUGGCGGUGGUGGUGCUGGUGGUGCAGGAGGUGCUGGUUAUGGAAGCGGAGCAGGAAGCGGUGCUGGUAGCGGCUAUGGUGCUGGGGGAGACCAUGGUGCGGGUGGAGGAGGCGGCGGUGGGAGUGGUGGUGGUGGCGGUGGAGGUGCUGGUGCAGGAGGAGCACAUGGAGGUGGGUAUGGUAGUGGUGAAGGAGCUGGUGGAGGCUAUGGUGGUGGAGCUGCUGCUGGUCAUGUUGGUGGUGGCGGCGGCGGCUCUGGUGGUGGCGGUGGCGGUGGUGCAGGGGGUGCAAAUGGUGGAUAUGGAGCAGGUAGUGGGAGUGGAGAGGGUGGUGGACAUGGUGGCUACAUCCCUUAAAAAUUCCUUGUCACUACAUAAUUUGCUAAGACGAAUUAAUGUGUCUUCUUACGUUCUCUAAUAUGAGCAAAAAAUAAGAUUAGUAUUGAUAAGAGGAUGCUUAUAAUAUCUAAGUAUUGUAUGAAUGCCAGAGAGAUGCACUCAAAGGCUGUAUCUAAUUCUAAUCAUGAAUAUGCAGUCUUCUUUUUUUC